AUGAGGAUCGCAAUACUGGCUGGGAGCCUCGCCGCUGGCGCCGUGGCACAGGGUGGUGCGUGGUCGCAGUGCGGUGGUCAAGGAUGCGCGCCGCUGAAGACUUCGUCCACCCCCAAGACCACUCUGACUACCUCAAUCAUGACUAUCGUUAAGCCAACCACAAGCACUUCGAAAGCGCCUGUGACCACCACGGCUGCAGCAUCUGGCUCAAUCGCCACAACUUCAGGUACCAAAUUUAUCAUCGAUGGGAAACCUACCUACUUUGCUGGAACCAACACCUACUGGAUCGGCUUCUUGACCAACAAUGCUGAUGUUGACCUCGUCAUGUCCCACCUCCAGACCGCCCGCAUUAAGGUCCUUCGAGUGUGGGGGUUCAACGAUGUGACCUCGAUACCUGGUACUGGUACAGUUUACUAUCAGUCCUUCGUCAACGGCGUAGCAAGCAUCAAUACCGGCGCCAACGGUCUCCAGCGUCUCGACUACGUUGUCCAGAGCGCCGAAGCACACGGCAUCAAGCUGAUCAUCAACUUCACCAACAAUUGGACCGACUACGGCGGCAUGGCAGCUUACUUUAGCUACGCCGGCAUUACAUCAAACGCGCAAUGGUACACCAGCGCCAAAGCACAGACCCAGUACCAGGCCUAUAUCAAAGCAGUCGUCACCCGUUAUACCAAUUCGCCUGCUGUCUUCGCCUGGGAACUAGCCAAUGAGCCCCGCUGCAAUGCCUGUCCCACGACAACUCUCCCGAGCUGGGUCAGGACCACCGCGGCCUACGUUAAGUCUCUGGAUCCCAAGCACAUGGUCACCACUGGUGAGGAGGGCUUCGGCCUUCAGGGCGAUGGUAGCUACCCUUAUACAUAUGGGGAAGGCACGAAUUUCACCGCCACUUGCAGCGAUCCCAACGUCGACUUCUGCACUUAUCAUUUGUACCCACAGUCCUGGUCCGUCACACCCGACGAACCAUGGGGCAAUGCAUGGAUCCAAAACCACGCCACAGUCUGCAAGGCUUUGAACAAACCUUGCGUCUUGGAGGAGUUUGGAGACAGCAAUAAUUGCACAUCCGAAUUAUCUUGGGAGACUACCGCACUCAAUACAGCCGGGACAGGUGGUGACAUGUUCUGGCAAUAUGGCGAUACACUUUCGACCGGCCAGACCAGUCAAGAUGGGAAUACAGUCUACUAUCAGGACCCGUUGUGGCAAUGUCUUGUGGCCCCACACAUUGCUGCUAUCAAAGCUGCUGGAAGUUCCUGA